CCCUCUCUCUCUUUAUGCUACCUGUUAUUGGCCAUUAUCCUCGCUCUCUUCUCUUCUUCUCUGGUAAUGUGGUGAUCUCUUGGAGGCUGAAUGGAAGAGUCGGGGAAGAGCCCUUCAGUUGUGGAGCACGUCAUUCCCAUCCCUGGAGCAAGCUCCUCUGCUGAGCCGGAAAAGCGUGGCAGCAAUAUUGUGAGGGACUUUGACAUAAACCACCCUGCCCCUGAGAAGGGUGAGGACGAGGAUAUCCCUGAGGGAGGGGCUGCUGACAAUGCUGAGGAAGGAGAAAAUGAAAACCCUCGGCGGAAGAGGCUUCGUCUCUCCAAGGAGCAGACCAAGCUGCUGGAACAGAGCUUCAGGGUGAACCAGAACAUUAGCCGCGGGGAUAAGGAAGAGUUAGCAGUGAAGGCAAAGGUGAAGCCACGCCAAGUGGAAGUCUGGUUUCAGAACCGCCGGGUCAGGUACGUGGAAAGUAUUAAGAGGGUCAUUCCGGGAAGAAUAUCAUAGACUUUACACAUGAAGUUCUGAAGUCAAGGCUUCUCAGGCUGACAGCGUGGUUUUGAACUUCUAGCAAGUCUUGCUUGUUUGCUUAUAGAGGUCAUCAUGCCAUUUUAAGUCGCUUUAUGUCCAAGAAGUGAUUUUUUUUUUUUUGGUAACAAUGUCCAAGAAGUGAUCAUUGCUCUCCAACAGUUCUAAUGACAAACAAGCAUGCCAUUAAUGUUAAUUAAU